GCCAUGGAGGCGGAGCCGCCGCUCUACCCCGUGGCGGGGGAUGCGGGUCCGCAGGACGACCAGAACCCAUUCGGGGUCCCGGAUGGGCCCGAGGCCCCGCUGGACGAGCUGGUGGGCGCGUACCCCAACUACAACGAGGAGGAGGAGGAGCGCCGCUACUACCGUCGCAAGCGCCUGGGCGUGCUCAAGAACGUGCUGGCGGCCAGCGCGGGCUGCACGCUCACCUACGGCGUCUACCUGGGCCUCCUGCAGAUGCAGCUCAUCCUGCACUAUGAUGAGACCUACCGUGAGGUCAAGUACGGCAACAUGGGGCUGCCUGACAUUGACAGCAAGAUGCUGAUGGGCAUCAACGUGACACCCAUCGCAGCCCUGCUCUACACGCCGGUGCUCAUCAGGUUCUUUGGCACCAAAUGGAUGAUGUUCCUGGCCGUGGGCAUCUAUGCCCUCUUUGUCUCCACCAACUACUGGGAGCGGUACUACACACUUGUGCCCUCGGCCGUCACCCUGGGUAUGGCCAUUGUGCCCCUCUGGGCCUCCAUGGGCAACUACAUCACCAGGAUGGCACAAAAGUACUAUGAGUACUCCCACUACAAGCAGCAAGGUGACCAGGGGCCCGAGCAGCGCCCGCCACGAGGCUCCCACGCACCCUAUCUCCUGGUCUUCCAAGUCAUCUUCUACGCCUUCUUCCAUCUGAGUUUUGCCUGCGCCCAGCUGCCCAUGAUCUACUUCCUGAACCACUACCUGUAUGACCUGAACCACACGCUGUUCAAUGUGCAUAGCUGUGGCACUGAGAGCCACGGCAUCCUCAACGGCUUCAACAAGACGGUUCUACGGACGCUGCCGCGGAGCCGAAACCUCAUCGUGGUGGAGAGCGUGCUCAUGGCGGUGGCCUUCCUGGCCAUGCUGCUGGUGCUCGGCUUGUGUGGCGCUGCCUACCGGCCCACGGAGGAGAUUGACUUGCGCAGCAUCGGCUGGGGCAACAUUUUCCAGCUGCCUUUCAAGCACGUGCGCGACUUCCGCCUGCGCCACCUGGUGCCCUUCUUCAUCUACAGUGGCUUCGAGGUGUCUUUCGCCUGCACUGGUCUCGCCUUGGGCUAUGGUGUGUGCUCCGUGGGACUGGAACGCCUGGCCUACCUCCUCAUGGCUUACAGCUUGGGGGCCUCCACCGCCUCAGCCCUGGGCCUGCUGGGGCUGUGCCUGCCACGCUCGGUGCCCCUGGCGGCCGGGGCCGGGCUGCACGUGCUGCUCACUCUGGGACUCUUCUUCUGGGCCCCGGUGCCUCAGGCCCUGCACCACAGCUGGAUUCUCUAUGGGGCAGCUGCCCUCUGGGGUGUGGGCAGUGCCCUCAACAAGACUGGGCUCAGCACACUCCUGGGAAUCCUGUAUGAGGACAAGGAGAGGCAGGACUUCAUAUUCACCAUCUACCACUGGUGGCAGGCUGUGGCCAUCUUUGCCGUGUACCUGGGCUUCAGCUUACCCAUGAAGGUGAGGUGGAGGAAGUGCGGGGGACGGGGCCCUGGGUGUCAGGUGCCCCGCGUGACACCACCAGUAACAGGUCCUUUCUGA